AUGCCAACGCCCUCGCGCCGGCUUGGCGGCGGCAGGACCGUCCUGUCCCCUCCCAAGCUGCUUCACAUGUAUGAGGACUUUAUCACCAAGAACGCCGGGCAGGUGUCGCAGAUUGAGUCUGCGCUGCGAUCACUAACCUACAUUAUUCCGGGCCGCUUCCGCGAUGCAGAAAUCGCCUCCGAAACCCUCCACUCCGGUGUCCAGCUCCUCUCCCUCUACCACGACAGCCUCCUCACGCGCGCCGUUGCGACGAUAUCCCGUGGCCCCGGCACGCGAGCGCCCUCCCCGCACACGCGCUACACGCGCUACUGGACGCAACGCAGCACCCUCUACCGGCGCGUAGCGCUCCUGCUCCAGAUGGUCCGAUACACGGAGCUCCUCCUCGAGAUGGCGGCGAAGCGACGGGGCGGAGAGCGCGCCCGGUGGCGAAUCGUCGUCCUCUUGGAAUUCAUCAAGGCGGUUUGUCGGCUGGUGCUGUUGCGGAUCACGAGCUCGAGACCCAUCAUGUCGCCUGUGCUGCCCGAGCGCGACCCCGUGGUGCCGGACGAUUCGGCGUCGGAGGACGGUGAGUCGGCCGUCAGUGAGCUGUGGGAUGAUGCGGCUAGCAGUACGGGUGCGACGGGGACCUGUUCGUCGAUGUCCUCUAGCAAGUCGGCUCAUGAAAAGGAGUGGACCAUGCCCCGGACGGGGAUGAACCUCCCCUCUCUCCCCACGGCGUCGGACAUCACGACGUACCUCCUCUCCCGGGUCCUCACACCCGAGGACAUCAAGCCCGCGACGAAGCUCGUCAACCAGCUCCGCGGAUCGGGCCAGGCCGCCGAGGUCCUACACAUCCUCGCGCCACUCAUCUACGCCGUCUGCCUCGCCCUCUCGAGAUCCUCCUCCCCCGAGGCCAGGAGGAAGGCGUGGGGCCCCUGGAUCGCGGGCGUCGCGGUCGAGUACGCGGCGAGGCAGCUGCGCGAGAAGGGUCUGAGGACGACGCCCCUGGAGAAGGACGAGUGGAGGAGGAGGGGAUGGGCGAUGGGGUGGUGGGCUAUGAGGGGGCCGUUUUACGAGAGUGUGGUGAAGGGAGUUGUGCAGGGGGUUAGGAGGAGGGUUCCUGGGGUUUUGGGAGGGAUUUUGGAGGAUUAUGAGUAUCUUUGGGAGAAUUACUACUUUAGUACGAGUAGUGAUUAG